AAUAAUUGUUUGCAAGUUUACUUGUUUUCUUUUUGGAAGAAAAAUUGCAUUUUUUUUCUCCCUUACUUUGUUUGGAUCUAGUCUCUUCCACCCCUGUGGAAAAUGCUGGCCUUGACACUGUGUGAAGUUGGAUAAAAAAACAACCUAAAAAACAAACAAAAACAAAAGAAAAACAAAAAAGCAACACGCUGCCCGUUGGUCAAUAAUGUACCCAGCAUGUGGAGUACCCCGCUGGUCCAACGCUGCACACUUUUGGAUGUUCAUCUCGGCAACUUUGAUAAUUCGGACGUGCGCGCAGACUACACACUUCGAGAAGGCCACUAUUUCUGACAGCGGCGGUGGUGGUAGUGGUGGUGGUGGUGGUGGUGGUGGGGGAGAUGAUGAGGUGACCUUUGACCCUGAGGCCAGAACGACUGAUUCUUCACCGUCUGCUUCUUAUCUGUACAGUGGUCUGACUAGUGGUAGUAACAACAAGAACAAUAUUGAUAACAAUAAUGAAAACAGGAACAACAACAACAACAACAACAACAACAACAACAACAGACGCUACAAAAUAAAUAGAUCAACCAGCAAUAAUCCCAACACCACUACCACCACCACCACCAACAACAAGAGCAACAACAAUAACAGCAACAACAGCAACAGAAAAAUCAGCAGCAACAACAACAACAACAACAGCAGCAGCAACACCACCACCACAGCAGAAGUUGCCGUCAUCCUCCCCUUCGACGACCGCUUCAUCUUCGGCAAGAAGCGCCUCCUGCCGUCCAUCCAGCACGCACUCGACUUCCUGUCGGACCGUGACGUCACGGCCGGCUUCGGCCUCAACUUCCGGUUCAGCGACUCCAGGUGCAGCGACAAGGACGCGCCGCUCAAAGCCUUCGAGUUCUACCGGAAGAACCAGGUCCACGUCUACCUCGGACCCAUCUGCGACUUUGCGCUCUCACCCGUGGCGAGAUACGCCCCUGCCUGGAAUAUAUCAGUCAUCAGUCCUGGUGGGUUAUCGCACACGUUUUACGAGCAGCGGCGUCAGGAUUAUCAGACUCUGACGACUGUUGGAGCGUCGUUUAAGUCGCUCGGGGAUUAUAUACUCACGGCUCUGCGUUUCUACCGCUGGAAGAGAGUGAAGCUGGUAUACGACGCGAAGAUUGCGCUGUAUUCCCUCCGGAGGUAUUGCUAUCUCCUGGCGUCCGCGGUGAUUUCUUCCGUGAGUCAAUCCAAGGAUAUAAACGGCACGUUCUUCAUGUACGUCCCGGAGAAGAACAGAGCGGAGGAGAUUCUGAAGGAGGAGGUCGGCACGCAGGAUGGGG